AUGCUCGUAAGCAGCGUGCUUCCGCACGACAUCUCACCUUUGUUCAUUGCCCUUUUGCUGGGGUCGGUGGGUGCCGUGCUCCUCAGCAUCCGCCUUCUCUAUAACCUCUACUGGCAUCCUCUCUCGAAAUAUCCCGGACCAUGGUACGCAGCUGCGACUUCUCUGUCGGUGGCGGUUAUAUCGGUGUUGAAGGCUGAGCCACAAUGGCUGAUGAGUGUGGUAAGAAAAUACGGGACUGAGUCACCGAUCCGGAUCUCACCCAACGUGUUGCUGUUCCCCAAGCCGUCCUCCCUCAAGGAGAUAUACUGGGACCCCAAAUGUAACACCAAGAUGUCUCUCUAUGGGACCGGGGCGUUGGGACCUCCUCACCUUUUCACGACACUCGAUGGCGAAGAACACAAGAACCUGAGAAAGGCUCUUGGCGGUCAACAGUGGACCAUCGGGUCUCUGAAGAACAACUGGGAGCCUCGCAUCGACGAUUUGGUCCGUCUCUUCAUCCGCAAGAUGACGGAGAAGGCUCAAACCCAGGAGACAGUCUUGCUUUCGGAGAGAGUAGCGCAAGUCGAAUUCGCCGCGGAUAUCAUGACCAUGAUCUCCUUCACCGAGCCUUGGGGCUUUGUCAAAAACAGCCGUGACGAACGCGGGAUCCUCAGCAGCUGGCGCAAAGGACUCCCCUUGUUUGGAUUUGCUGGACGAUCCGUCUCCUUUCGAAAACUUCUGGCCAUUCCUGGCAUUGGCGAGCAGCUCCUCCCCAAGGCCACCGACAAGGACGGAUUCGGGUAUCUGAUGAACUGGGCCGACAAGGAAGUGUCGCGCCGCGAGGAGAAGUUGGGGGACGGCCUGACUUCGACGCAACCAGAUUUUCUGCAACACUGUCUAGACGCGCGAAUGGACGGAAAGCCGCUGAGCCCGGUCCAAAAGCGAGCCCACGUAACACUUCUGAUUCAGGCAGGAGCAGACACCACUGGGACUGCGCUCGGCGCCACGUUACGAUUCUUGUCAUUGAACCCCGACAAGAUGAAGCGUGCGUGGGAGGAAGUUGACGCCGCCGACCGUGCAGGUAAAUUGUCGGACCCAGUCCAAUACGAAGAAACGCGCGAGCAUCUGCCGUUCUUCUGUGCGUGCAUCAAAGAGGCCAUCCGGUUAUGUCCCCCUGCCGACAAUCUCUUCGGGCGUGUGGUUGGAAAGUCCGGCAAAGUGAUCGAGGGCCACUUCCUUCCUCCCGGGACGGAGAUCACGAGCAACGCGUAUGUCGUUCAGCGAGAUCCGGUUCUGUACGGCCCUGACCCCGAGGCCUUCCGGCCCGAACGGUGGCUCGAAAGCAAAGAAAAGGCCGCGGAACUGGAGCUUCACAGCUUUGUGUUUGGCAUUGGGCCCCGUAUCUGUCUGGGCAAGGACGUCGCCAUUAUCGAGCUGCACAAGCUUCUCCCCGAGAUUAUUCGUCGCUUCGAUAUCGAGCUGGUCACCCCAGGACGAUUUGUGGUGGCCGGAGGAGUCGCCUAUUUCAACGACUUUAACGUGAAGUUGAUCGCGAGAGAGGAAGUAGCUUGA